AGAUCGGCCGAUCGAUCCAGCGAGAGGCGGAGAAGAUGGCGGAGGAAGCCACCAAGACGAAGGGGAAGAAGGGGUUCCUCGCGAGGAGGAAGGCGCACUGCACGGCGUGCUGCGUGGCGCUGGCCGUGCUGCUCAUCCUGGGCGCGCUGGCCCUCGCCUUCUACUUCCGCUACCGCCCGCGGCCGCCGCGCGUGGUGGCGACGCCCGUCGACGUGAGCAUCGACGAGUUCGCGCUCCUCCCGCACCCGACCCUGCGGGUCUCCGUCGGCGUCCACGUCGUGGUGGCCAACCCGAGCAACUCGCCGUUCCGGUACGGCGCGUCGGUGGGCGCGGUCACCUACCACAGCGCGCCCGUCGGGGAGACGCUGGUGCCCGCCGGCGAGGUCGGCGGCCGCUCGACGGCGCGGGUGGAGCCGGCCACCGUGGUGGACGGCGUCAAGGUGGCCGAGAACCCGCACUUCGCGUCCGACGCCGUGGCGGGGAUGCUGCCGUUCGUGGCGGUGGUGCGGGUGGUGGGCAAGGCCCUGGUGCUGCGCGCCUUCGAGGUGCCCGUCGCCGUCGAGGUCGUGUGCCUCGUCCGCAUGUACGUGUUCCACGGCGAGAGCAGCUCGCGGUGCACCUCCACCGUGCGCGCCGGGCCCCGGGCGGCGGCCGCCGGCGAAAGGUCGUUCCCGGCGGCAGGCCAGUAUGCGCACGAGCACGAGCAUGAGUAGCCUGGUUCGAUUUGCUUGUGGCGCGCGGUCGCUUGGUUUACGAGGAGUACUCUCUGCAGUAAAAUUUCAGCAAUCUAGUAGCAGUAGUUUUUACGGGAUAUUUGUGAGCUCUGUUUUUUCACUGUAAAAUUGGAGUGUUACACAUAUGCUUCUACCGAUUUGUAGCUGUUUUUUGAGUGUUAUAAGAUCAGUUGUUUGGUUCGUUU